GGGAAAACCGCGCUCGCGGAAGCUGCGUUCCGAGUGUAAGUCGGUCCUGCCGUCCUGCCCCAACGGCCGGAGGCUUUAAGCGUCGGGCUGGGUGUGCGCGGACGCGGACGCCUCCCAGCACCUCGCUCCGGCUCCCUCUGCUCGAUGCGGCCUCUGCGAGCUCGGCUGCCCGCCCGGCUUCAGGGCCAGCCGAGCCCCUUGCCGUCCACACAGUACCGUGGACUUCAGCGGGGAGCGUCUGCAAAGGCCCCCGACGUCCUGAGUGAUUUCCUAGAAGCAUGGUUUUUUGUUGCCCUUGACCUCCCAGCCUGGUGAGGCCUCUGUCCUGAGAAUGUCAAGUUCAGGUUAUCCUCCCAACCAGGGGGCGUUCAGCACAGAGCAGAGUCGCUACCCUUCGCACUCGGUUCAGUACACCUUUCCCAGCGCCCGUCACCAGCAGGAAUUUGCAGUCCCUGACUACCGUUCUUCUCAUCUUGAAGUCAGUCAGGCGUCACAGCUCUUGCAGCAGCAGCAGCAGCAGCAGCUUCGCAGACGGCCUUCCCUGCUUUCCGAGUUUCACCCGGGUUCCGACAGGCCCCAGGAAAGGAGAAGUGGAUACGAGCAGUUCCACCCGGGCCCUUCCCCGGUGGACCAUGACUCGCUGGAGUCCAAGCGGCCUCGCCUGGAGCAGGUUUCCGACUCCCACUUCCAGCGCAUCAGUGCUGCCGUCCUCCCUUUGGUGCACACGCUGCCAGAAGGACUGAGGUCUUCUGCCGAUGCUAAGAAGGAUCCGGCAUUUGGAGUCAAACAUGAAGCUCCUUCCUCUCCCCUCUCUGGGCAGCCAUGCGGAGAUGAUCAGAAUGCCUCACCUUCAAAACUGUCAAAGGAAGAGCUGAUACAGAGCAUGGAUCGUGUCGAUCGAGAAAUUGCGAAAGUAGAACAGCAGAUCCUUAAACUGAAAAAGAAGCAGCAACAGCUCGAAGAAGAAGCUGCUAAACCCCCAGAGCCUGAGAAGCCUGUGUCCCCUCCUCCCGUGGAGCAGAAGCACCGAAGUAUUGUCCAAAUCAUUUAUGACGAGAAUCGGAAAAAAGCAGAAGAAGCUCAUAAAAUAUUUGAAGGUCUUGGCCCAAAAGUUGAACUGCCGCUCUACAACCAGCCGUCAGAUACCAAGGUGUACCACGAGAACAUCAAGACAAACCAGGUGAUGAGGAAAAAACUCAUUUUAUUUUUUAAAAGAAGAAAUCAUGCAAGAAAACAAAGGGAACAAAAAAUCUGCCAACGUUAUGAUCAGCUCAUGGAAGCAUGGGAGAAAAAAGUGGACAGAAUAGAAAAUAAUCCUCGGAGGAAAGCUAAAGAAAGCAAAACAAGGGAAUACUAUGAAAAGCAGUUUCCAGAAAUUCGAAAACAAAGAGAACAGCAGGAAAGGUUUCAGCGAGUUGGGCAGAGGGGAGCUGGUCUUUCAGCCACCAUUGCUAGGAGUGAACAUGAGAUCUCUGAAAUUAUUGAUGGGCUCUCUGAACAGGAGAAUAAUGAGAAACAAAUGCGGCAGCUCUCUGUAAUCCCACCUAUGAUGUUUGAUGCAGAACAAAGACGGGUCAAGUUCAUUAACAUGAAUGGGCUUAUGGAGGAUCCUAUGAAGGUUUAUAAAGAUAGGCAGUUCAUGAAUGUUUGGACUGACCAUGAGAAGGAGAUCUUUAAGGACAAAUUUAUCCAACAUCCUAAAAACUUCGGACUAAUCGCAUCUUACUUGGAAAGGAAGAGUGUUCCUGAUUGUGUUUUAUAUUACUACUUAACCAAGAAAAAUGAAAACUAUAAAGCCCUAGUAAGAAGGAACUAUGGUAAACGCAGAGGAAGAAACCAGCAAAUUGCCCGACCCUCACAAGAAGAAAAAGUAGAAGAAAAAGAAGAUGAUAAAGCAGAAAAAACAGAAAAAAAAGAGGAGGAAAAGAAAGAUGAAGAAGAAAAAGAUGAAAAGGAGGACUCAAAAGAAACUACCAAGGAAAAGGACAAGACAGAAGGAACAGCAGAGGAAGCUGAGGAGAGAGAGCAGGCCACCCCCCGGGGCCGAAAGACCGCCAACAGUCAGGGCCGCCGAAAGGGCCGUGUCACCAGGUCCAUGACCAACGAGGCCGCAGCUGCCAGUGCUGCGGCAGCCGCGGCCACCGAGGAGCCCCCGCCGCCCCUGCCCCCGCCACCAGAACCCAUUUCUACAGAACCCGUAGAGACUUCUCGAUGGACAGAAGAAGAAAUGGAAGUUGCUAAAAAAGGUCUAGUAGAACACGGUCGAAACUGGGCAGCAAUUGCCAAAAUGGUGGGAACGAAAAGUGAAGCCCAAUGUAAAAACUUCUAUUUUAACUAUAAGAGGCGACACAAUCUUGACAACCUCUUGCAGCAGCAUAAACAGAAAACCUCGCGGAAGCCCCGGGAGGAGCGGGACGUGUCACAGUGCGAGAGCGUGGCGUCCACUGUUUCUGCGCAGGAGGACGAGGACAUCGAAGCCUCCAACGAGGAGGAGAACCCCGAGGACAGCGAAGGUGCUGAAAAUAGUUCUGAUACAGAAAGUGCUCCUUCUCCUUCACCAGUUGAAGCUGUCAAGCCCGGCGAGGACCGCACGGAGCCCGCGGCCCAGCCAGAGGCCCCGGCGCCCGGCGCGUCGCCCCCGCGGCCGCCCCCGGCGCGGCCGAGGACGGAGGCGAGCAGGCCCCGGCCGGCGACCUGGCCGCCGCGGCGGCGGAGCCCAUGGACGCGGCCCGAGGAGCGCGGGGCCGACGCGGCUCCUGCCCCGGGGCCCCCCGCGGCCGAGCCAGCGGACCCAGAGCCGCGGGCGCCGGGCAGCCCGGGCCGUGUGGACGGGGACACGGUGCAGCCGGAGCCCCGCGAGGACGGCGCCCCGAGGCCCGAGCCCGCGUCGGACCACGACUCCAGCGCCACGUGCAGCGCCGACGAGGACGUGGACGCCGAGCCGGACAGGCAGCGAAUGUUUCCUUUGGACUCAAAGCCCUCCUUGUUGAACCCCACUGGAUCUAUGCUGGUCUCAUCCCCAAUAAAAGCAAAUCCGCUGGACCUGCCGCAGCUUCAGCAUCGAGCUGCUGUUAUCCCACCAAUGGUUUCCUGCACCCCGUGUAACAUACCAGUCGGAACUCCAGUGAGCGGCUAUGCCCUCUACCAGCGACACAUCAAAGCCAUGCAUGAGUCGGCACUCCUCGAGGAACAGCGGCAGAGACAAGAGCAGAUAGACCUGGAGUGCAGAGGUUCCACCAGCCCCUGUGGGGCCUCCAAGAGUCCCGGCAGGGAGUGGGAAGUCCUCCAGCCUGCUCCACAUCAAGUGAUAGCUAAUCUCCCCGAAGGGGUUCGGCUUCCGACCACUCGCCCCACGCGGCCGCCGCCUCCUCUCAUCCCAUCGUCCAAAACCGCCGUGGCCUCGGAGAAACCGUCCUUUAUCCUGGGAGGCUCCAUCUCGCAGGGGACACCCGGCACUUACUUGCCUUCUCCUAAUCAGGCCUCCUACGCCCCAGAGGCAGCGAAGCCCCCGGCGGGCUCCAUCUCCCUGGGACUGCCGCGGCCGCAGGAGGCCGCCAAGCCAGCUGCUGUGCCCUACAUCAAGCAGGAGGAGUUUUCUCCCCGAAGCCAGAACUCACAGCCUGAGGGUUUACUGGUCAGAGCCCAGCACGAAGGAGUGGUCAGAGGUUCCACAGGUGCCAUUGCGGAGGGCAGCAUAACCCGGGGAACGCCGUCCGGCAAACUCCCUGUGGAGAGCGUCCCUUCUCUGCGGGGCUCCAUCACCCAGGGCACCCCAGCUCUGUCCCAAGCUGGCAUUCCAGCGGAGGCGUUGGUAAAGGGAUCCAUUUCCAGACUGUCUGUUGAAGAGAGCAGUCCUGAGAAGGGCCGAGAGGAGGCUGCAUCCAAAGGCCAUGUCAUUUACGAGGGCAAAAGCGGACACAUCUUAUCCUACGACAAUAUUAAGAAUGCCCGGGAAGGGACGAGGAGUCCGAGAACGGCUCACGAAAUCAGUCUGAAAAGAAGCUACGAGUCCGUGGAAGGAGCUCUAAAGCAGGGCCUGCCCGUGAGGGAGUCUCCUGGGUCCACACCGCUCGAGGGGCUGAUAUGUCGGGCGUUGCCCAGGGGGAGCCCUCACCCUGACCUCAAAGAAAGGACCGUGCCGUCCGGCUCCAUAAUGCAGGGCACGCCAAGGGCGACAGCGGACAGCUUCGAAGACGGCCUCAAGUACCCCAAACAGAUUAAGAGGGAGAGUCCGCCCAUCAGAGCCUUUGAAGGCGCCAUUUCCAAAGGGAAGCCCUACGACGGCAUCACCACCAUCAAAGAGAUGGGGCGCUCCGUGCACGAGAUCCCCCGGCAGGACGCCCUGACCCAGGAGAGCCGGAAGACGCCCGAGGUGGUGCCGGGCGCGAGGCCCCUGGUCGAGGGCUCCAUCUCCCAGGGCACACCCAUCAAGUUUGACAGCAGCUCAGGCCAGUCUGCCAUCAAACACAACGUCAAGUCCUUGAUCACGGGCCCCAGCAAGCUGCCCCGCGGGCUGCCGCCGCUGGAAGUGGUGCCCGAGGGCGCGAAGGCGGUGGAGCGGGGCAAGUACGAGGAUGUGAAGGCGGGCGAGCCGGUGCGUUCCCGGCACACGUCAGUGGUCAGCUCGGGCCCCUCGGUUCUCAGGUCAACGCUUCACGAAGCUCCCAAGGCCCAGCUGAGCCCCGGGAUCUACGACGAGGCCAGCGCCCGGCGGACUCCGGGGAGCUACGCCAGCCCCGCGUCCAGAGGCUCGCCCAUGCUGGGCCGGGCGCCCGACGUUACGAUUGCUUCUGGCAAGUCGACCAAUCAUGAGAGAAAAUCGACGCUGACCCCCACCCAGAGGGAGAGCAUUGUGGCCAAGUCCCCAGUGCCUGGGGUGGACCCUGCCGUGAGCCACAGCCCCUUCGAGCCGCACCACAGGGCCGGGGCCCCGGGGGAGGCCUAUCGGGGCCACCUGCCCACGCACUUGGACCCAGCCAUGCCGUUUCACCGGGCUCUGGAUCCUGCAGCUGCCGCUUACCUGUUCCAGAGGCAGCUGUCACCGACCCCCGGCUACCCGAGCCAGUACCAGCUCUACGCCAUGGAGAACACCAGGCAGACGAUCCUGAAUGACUACAUCACCUCGCAGCAGAUGCAAGUGAGCCUGCGCCCGGACGUGGCCCGAGGGCUGUCCCCGCGGGAGCAGCAGCUGGGCCUCCCGUACCCGGCAACCAGGGGCAUCAUCGACCUGACCAACAUGCCUCCCGCGAUUUUGGUGCCCCAUCCGGGGGGGACGAGCACGCCCCCCAUGGACAGAAUCACGUACAUCCCUGGCACUCAGAUCAGCUUCCCGCCCAGGCCCUACAACUCCGCCUCCAUGUCACCAGGCCACUCGACCCACCUUGCCGUGGCGGCCAGCGCCGAGCGGGAGCGGGAGAAGGAGCGGGAGCGCCUCGCCGCCGCCGCCGCCGCCUCCUCGGACCUCUACCUGCGGCCAGGCUCCGAGCAGCCCAGCCGGCCCAGCAGUCACGGCUACGUCCGCUCCCCAUCCCCCUCCGUGCGAGCCCAGGAGACUGUGCUGCAGCAGAGGCCCAGCGUUUUCCAGGGAACCAACGGAACCAGCGUGAUCACCCCUUUGGACCCCAGCGCUCAGCUUCGGAUCAUGCCGCUGCCUGCCGGGGGCCCCUCCAUCAGCCAGGGCCUGCCAGCCUCCCGCUACAACACUGCUGCAGACGCCCUGGCUGCUCUUGUGGACGCCGCAGCUUCUGCUCCCCAGAUGGACGUGUCCAAAACGAAAGAGAGUAAGCAUGAAGCUGCCAGGUUAGAAGAAAAUUUGAGGAGCAGGUCAGCAGCAGUUAGUGAGCAGCAGCAGCUAGAGCAGAAAAGCCUGGAGGCGGAGAAGCGACCCGGGCAGGGUCUGUACACGUCUUCAGCCCUUCCGAGUGGCAAGCCCCAGCCUCAUCCUGCGGUAGUUUACUCUGAGGCUGGGAGAGAGAAAGGGCCUCCUCCAAAAUCCAGAUAUGAGGAAGAGCUAAGGACCCGAGGGAAGACCACCAUAACGGCAGCUAACUUCAUAGACGUGAUCAUCACCCGGCAGAUUGCCUCCGACAAGGACGGAAGGGAACGAGGCUCCCAGAGCUCAGACUCUUCCGGUAGCUUAUCUUCUCACCGGUAUGAAGCACCGAGUGAUGCCAUUGAGGUGAUAAGCCCUGCCAGUUCCCCCGCGCCGCCCCCGGAGAGACUGCAGGCCUACCAGCCCGAGGUCGUCAAGGCGAGCCCGGCAGAAAACGAAGCCACCCGCCAGUAUGAGGGACCGCUGCACCACUACCGGCCCCAGCAGGAGUCGCCGCCGCCCGCGGCCCCGCAGGCCGAGGGGGCGGGGCAGGUGCCCAGGACCCACCGGCUCAUCACGCUCGCCGAUCACAUCUGUCAAAUUAUCACUCAAGAUUUUGCUAGAAAUCAAGUUUCCGCGCAGCCCCCCCAGCAGCCCCCCACUUCUACAUUCCAGAACUCUCCCUCUGCUUUGGUGUCCACACCUGUGAGGCCUAAGACGUCCAACCGUUACAGCCCAGAGUCCCAGCCUCCGUCUGUCCACCAUCAGAGACCAGGUUCAAGGGUCUCUCCGGAAAACCUUGUGGACAAACCCAGGGGAAGCCUCAGGCCUGGGAAGUCCCCGGAGAGGAGCCACAUCUCUUCGGAGCCCUACGAGCCCGUGUCCCCGCCACAGGUGCCGGCGGCGCACGAGAAGCAGGACGGCGUGCUGCUGCUGGCCCCGCGAGGCCCCGAGCCCCCGGAGCAGAGGAGCGACUCCCGCUCGCCAGGGAGCAUAAGCUACUUGCCUUCGUUCUUCACCAAGCUGGAAAACACGUCCCCCAUGGUUAAAUCAAAGAAGCAGGAGAUUUUUCGUAAGUUGAACUCCUCUGGUGGAGGUGACUCUGAUAUGGCAGCUGCUCAGCCAGGAACGGAGAUAUUUAACCUGCCAGCUGUCACCACCUCAGGUGCGGUGAGCUCCAGGGGCCACACCUUCGCCGACCCGGCCAGCAACCUGGGCCUGGAGGACAUCAUCCGCAAGGCGCUCAUGGGCAGCUUCGACGACAAGGUGGAGGAGCACGGCGGCGUCCUGCCCCAGCCGGGGGCGGUGGUGCCCGGCGGGGCCGGCACCUCGGUCGUGAGCAGCGGCGAGGCCCGGAGAGAGGAGGGGGACCCCCCGCCGCACGCAGGAGCCGUUUGCAAACCGAAGCUGAUCAGCAAGUCCAGCAGCAGGAAGUCCAAGUCCCCGAUCCCCGGGCAAGGCUACCUGGGCACGGAACGGCCCUCCUCCGUGUCCUCCGUGCACUCAGAGGGGGACUACCACAGGCAGACGCCGGGCUGGGCCUGGGAGGACAGGCCCUCCUCGACAGGCUCCACCCAGUUCCCCUACAACCCCCUGACGCUGCGGAUGCUCAGCAGCACGCCCCCCACGCCCGUCGCCUGCGCUCCCGCCGCCACUGCCGCCGCCCCGGCCGCCCCGCACCAGCAGAGCAGGAUCUGGGAGCGCGAGCCCGCACCGCUGCUCUCCGCGCAGUACGAGACGCUGUCCGACAGCGACGACUGACCCUGCGCGCGGGGACUCCUGCUGGUUUCCUUUCUGCGUCAGGUCAGAGCCCGCCCCCCCAGGACUUGGGUGCAGACUUUCCCGGAGAGCCUGGACCACGGAGGACGGAGACGGGGCCGAGAGCGGCCUGGUGUCACACGAGGGCGGGGAGAAGCUGCCUGGAGCCAGGCCGCUCCGGGGCCGUCCUGCCUCACCUCGGGGUGUAAAGACAACCAGCCUGCCCUCAGAUCACGCUCCUGUAAAUAGACGGCCUUUUUGCAGUGCUGCCCUCGCGCCAGCCUCUGGUGGACUUGCGUUCCAGUCAGCGCCUCGACGUCAGGGGUGCUUUUUAGCCUCUCGUCCCUCCUCUGAACCCUGCCUCUUGAAAGCACCUCGCCCAGCCCACGCUCACGGGGCGGCCGUCACGGGCAUCGUGCUUUCAUCGUUUUGUUUCCUCUCAACCAGAUUCUUGGUGAUGUUUAAAAUCUCGUGGAAAUGUUUAGAUUUUUAACACAGACCCUGGCAUAAAACCUGUACACGGACACAUCAGGGUCACGAGGAGACUCGCGGUUCGGCCGUGCUGUAAAUUCCCAGCGCAGGCUUUGAUCUUUAAUCCGUGGCGCCGCAGAGAGUGCCGCACGGGUGCCGCGCGCCCUGCGCGACGGCUUGCUUCAGGCGCCCGCGGGUACGCACACUGGCCACUAACCACGUCCUCCCGCCUUCCGAGCCGCCCCGGAGCUUUUGUUUUGAAAUAAACCUGACUGCCCUGUCCUUA